UGCAAUGCAGCAGUUGGUGUGAAGGCAUUCUUUGACAUGAUGCAUGGAGGACCACAUAAAGUGAUGUUGUUUGGUGAUGCAUGUACCCAAGUAACAGAUCCAAUAGCCAAAGCAUCCAAACACUGGCGUCUUACUCAAUUAAGUUAUGCUGAUACCCAUCCAAUGUUCACAAGCGACAAUUUCCCCAACUUCUUCCGAAUCGUACCGUCGGAAAAUGCUUUCAAUGCACCGAGGGUGGCUCUAUUGAACUCCUUCAACUGGACUCGUGUUGGAACAAUUUACCAGAAUGAGCCUAGAUAUGCUCUUGCACAUAAUAGACUGCUAGCCGAUCUCGACGACCACAAAUUUGAAGUGCUGGAAACUCAAAGCUUUGCUACUGAAGUAAGUUCUGCCCUAGAAAAACUGAAAAAUGCAAAUGUCAGAAUAAUCCUAGGAAAUUUUAAUGAAGCUUGGGCGAGACGGAUAUUUUGUGAAGCUUUCAGGUUUCGAAUGUUCGGAAGAAAAUACCAGUGGAUAAUUAUGGGCACAUAUGCUGAAGAGUGGUGGUUACGACCUGAUGGUGGUUGUGCACCUUCUGAACUUAUUGAAGCUUUACAUGGAGCUAUUUUGACUGACCUACUUCCUCUUUCUACUGAUAGGCAAAUCACCGUAUCCGGAAUCACACCAGAAGAAUAUCAAGCUGAAUACGACUCCAGAAGAGGCAACGAAUAUUCGAGAUUCCAUGGUUACACAUAUGAUGGAAUAUGGGCGAUUGCACUAGCUAUUCAGCACGUCUCCAAACGAAUACGGCAUUUCCGUAGGAAUCAGACUGUCACAGACUUUAAAUACAGAGAUCCUCUGUGGGAAGAACUUUUUUUAAAGGCCCUGAGGAACACCAGCUUCGAAGGAGUUACUGGACCUGUCCGUUUCUACGACAAUGAAAGGAAGGCCUACAUAUUGUUAAAGCAAUUCCAAAGUGGAACAGAAGUUAAAGUUGGCGAAUACGAUGGAGUCACUGAUACAUUAGAUCUUAACAGAGGUCAACCGCUGAUCUGGCGUGGUCGAUCGCCCCCGAAGGACCGAACAGUUGAAGUCAUCGAGCACUCAACCGUCAAUAUCACCAUUUACUCGGUGAUAGCAUCUGCAGCUGCCAUGGGCAUCAUUAUGGCUGUAGUGUUUCUCGCCAUCAACAUCAGAUACAGAAAUCAAAGAUACAUAAAGAUGUCAUCUCCUCACUUGAACAAUCUUAUUAUCGUUGGAUGUAUGCUAACAUACAGCAGUGUCAUUUUUCUGGGGUUAGAUUCAACUCUGUCAAGUACGACAGCUUUUCCAUACAUUUGUACUGCGCGAGCAUGGCUCUUGAUGGCAGGCUUUUCCCUAGCAUUUGGAGCAAUGUUUUCAAAAACAUGGAGAGUUCAUUCUAUAUUUACUGAUGUCAAGCUCAAUAAAAAAGUUAUAAAAGACUAUCAAUUAUUUAUGGUUGUAGGAGUUCUCCUUGUCAUUGAUUUGGUAAUAAUGACAACAUGGCAAGUUGCCGAUCCAUUUUAUAGAGAAACUAAAAGAAUGGAAGCUUAUUCCCUUCCAUCAAAUGAAGACGUUUUGAUGAUACCAGAAAACGAGUACUGCCAAAGUAACAAUAUGACUGUGUACCUUGUUAUUAUUUAUGCCUACAAAGGCUCCUUGAUGAUAUUCGGAGCGUUUCUUGCUUGGGAAACGAGGCACGUAAGCAUACCAGCGUUGAACGAUAGCAAGUACGUUGGUAUGAGUGUUUAUAACGUAGUAAUAAUGUGCAUCACUGGAGCUGCUAUCAGCUUCGUUCUGGCUGAUAAGCAGGACACUAUGUUCAUAAUGCUGUCAAUAUUUAUUAUCUUCUGCAGUACAGCCACACUUUGCCUUGUUUUUGUGCCAAAACUUAUUGAACUACGAAGAAAUCCCCAAGGCGCGAUAGAUAAGAGAAUCCGGGCGACUUUAAGACCCUCUUCUAAGACUCGGAGAGAUUCGACGGUCAGCGAACUUGAAGAACGUUUAAGAGAAGCUACUAUAGCCAAUCAAAAAUUUCGUAAACUUCUUUUGGAAAAAGAAUCAGAGCUUCAAAUAUUCCUCAGAAGAUUAGGGGAUGAGAGUCUCAUACAAGAUACAAAAGAAGCUAUGGAUAGAUUAUCAGUACCAAAAAGCGAAGCAGUUAUCAAAAAAGAAGGUUUGUCAAUGGUUACGGAAACAACUGAUAUAUCCAUGUCAUUAUGCAGUUUAAAUUCGACAACGCUAUCACAACCAGAGAAUGAAUAUGUCAAUGUUUUAGCGACAAGUGAUCAACAAAAUAUUAAAAAAAAGCCAUUUUUUAACAAAUCUAACUUGGAGGAAAAAGCGUCAUUGAUUCCACAGAAACCAAGUUCACCAUCUAAUAACCGAAAGAAAGUUUCCAUGAGCGAAGGACCGGAGAGUGAGCCAUUAAUUGAAAAAUAUUCUGAGUCAACAACCCUUACAACGAAAGAUGAUAAAGUCAACGUAGAAUUUGUAUCGGAAACAGUUGAGGAAUCAGAAGAGUCAGUUGUAUUGGAGGAGACUGAAAUACCACGAGAUAACCUAAUAACAAGGACAACGAAAGAAGUUUGCCCUGAAAAAAGAGCAAAACUUCCAACACCACCUCCAACCAAAAAUGUAUCAUUUGGCGAAUUGGAAAAGCAGAAUUAUUUGGAACAAGCUAUACUUCCACCGCCUGUGCAGUUCGUGCCGAAACAUCGGCAUACUGCUCACCAUCAACACCAAUCAUUAGCAAAACGAAGAUCAUCAGUAAAAAAUAAUGGAUUAGCGCAUUCUCAUCAUGAAUUGUUCGAGAAGAGAAGAACGAGUGUUCCGGUGAAUACAAUUGCUCACGUUUCAACGGAAAAUAUACCGAAAGGAGAAACUAUUGAAGAAUCAUUGGGUCCUUUCGAACGGUCAUACGUUAUUAGCGAAUGCGGGCAUCGAAAAAUAGCUGCAAUUCCUGCUACAGGCUACAGAUGUGAAAAACAUGGUGGUGCUAGUCGUCAUAUACACACCGUCUCAAAUGGUUCAGUGGAAACUUCAACUUCUAAGAAGCACCGUGAUACUAUCAGCAAAAAUGCAAGCUCACUUAAUGUACAAUCAAGCAUCAAUACUAGUUAUUCUGAUACUGAGAAAACAGAAGAUUUAACAGUAAUUCACCGAUCAGUGUCGGAGAGAUCUCGGGAGAAAUGCGCCAGGUCUCGCGGCGGUACAGGCCACACAAUGACAGAAUGUCAUCGACAUCGCACGCCCUUGAGAAAACAUCGUGAGUGUCGACAUACAGAAUCGAAACUACGACAACAGGCUCGGUUAGAGUAUGUGCAGAGUAGUCCUAAUGUUGCAACAAUUCAUAGUACUAAAUUUACAAGUACUAAUCCCCGUGGAGGUGGACAUAGCAGUGGUGCCAGUGGAAAUGGCGAUAGUGUUGCGGUUGUUAGGGAUGAGAAUGCAAGAAGUACUGGAACAAGUGGAUCAACAACUGAUCUGUCGAAGAUGUGUAGUGCUGUGUCUGACGGAGAAUUACUGGACCUUGAUAUAUUGCCAAUUUUUCAAAAAUUACUUUCCGAACGGCACAAAAGUUCAUCAAGUGGUGAUGGAUAUGGUGCUAACAUUGCCAGCUGUCCAAAUAUAUCAAUCAAGUGUGACAUAGUCGAAUAUCUUUAACGCUUUGAUGUAAAACAAAGAACUAUAUAUAUAUGUAUCAUAAAAAACAACUUUUUACUUAUUAUUUGCAUCAAGAUUAAUGUCAAAACCGUCAAUUAUAUUGUAAUUAAAAACUAAAACUGUAAAAGAAUGCUAAUUCAAUUGUUGUAUUGAAAAAGUGUACGGGAGUGUUGCCAAUAAUUAUUUGAUUAUAAAAUAUGUUGAUUACUUUAUGAAUUAAGGAGUCAGAGACUAUUUCAUCUGAUACCUACCGAAUUAUUCUUUCUCUCCACACCCUUUAUUUCCCUCCUUUACUUCCUUUGCCUAUAUUACCUCGAAGUACCUCAAGGCUCUAUCAAUCCCUUUAUACUAUCAUUCGUAAGGUCUCGAGUUUAGACUAACUGAACUGUAUUGUACAAUCUCUAAUCGAUUGCCAGGAACUACUAAAUAAGGAAGAUAGAUAACAAACGAAUAUUUAAGUAAGAUGUUUAAUAAAAAUAAAUAAAUACACGCAGAUUAAAAUGAGAAAAUUAAAACUGAUAAAUAAAAUUAAUAAAUCAAUCAGUAUAUAAGAUAAUUAAUACAAACGAAGAUUGUAGAAUGUGAAAAACGUGAAUGUUAAACAAUUGCAGUAAAUAUUUAUUAUUGUUUUCAUGAGAAAAAUAAUUGUAUGACAAAAUAUUGGAGAGUUAUGAAGCCUUGAUGAUUUAAUGGCUAAACCUAAAAUAUUUGCACUAGCAAUGAAAAUAUCUUCUGCUGACGAAUUGUUAAAUUAUUCAAUAGUUGUAUACAAGAAGUGUUUUUGAAUCUUACAAUUAUAUGUGCGUAUAAUCUAAAUAUUGAAAAAACGAAAAUGGACAGAUUAAACGAGAGAAAUAAUGUAUGAGUGGUAGCUCGUUAGCUUAUACAACACUAAAAAAAAUUUGGUCGUCGAUCGACCAAUCGUUUCGGCAGGACUUUUGACUCUUUAAUAAGUUAUCAUUAAAUACAUAGCACUUUAAUAUUUGACAUAGUUUAGAGAGCGAGAAUGAUGUUAACUAUUUAAAGUAUUUUAAUCUAGAGUAUCAUUAUUAUAUCCACUUAUUAGAAAGUCGAAAUUACUGCCGCUCUCUUAUAUAAUUUUUUGUAAAUUUUAAUAUUGUUAAUGACAUUUACAGAGAGUGCGAUAACUUGUUCCUUGUUCAUUCAUUUUUUCUACUAUAAAAUUAUAUUAAAUUUAUAAAAUUUCGGGCCGACCACAUUAAAAUGUGUAACACGCCUUUAGCUCAGGUAACAAGUCGUAUAUACUUCCAUCAUCAACGUUAUCAUUUACCGUCAUCAUUGUAUAUGUAAACAACUUUUUUAAUUAACAUACGACUUGUAAUUUCGUUCAUGACUUGCUGAGAGUAUUAAUGUUCACUGGCUCGUACUAUAAUAUUAUUUAUUUAUACUAAAGAAUCUAGUAUUAUAAGUAAUCGAGCGUGGUCAAUAUAUCAUUUGUCUAUUUUGUCGUAAUUAUCUCGUAAAUUUAUAAUUGGCUCUAAACAAAUACCACUAAAAGUAUAUAUUUAAUAAUAAGACUUUCAAUAACACGUCAAAUUCUUGUGAUACUGUUAAGUUGAUUUGUACGAUACCUAUGCAUUGUUAUCUUUACAAUCAUGAUCACAUCGCAAUACAUAAAUGUUUUGAACGAUGUAUGAUUUGACGCAGAGAAAAACGAUAAUAUAUAUAA